GUUUUUGUUGCCACGCCGUGCACCAAUGUCGUUUGCAGAACGUAUUUAUAAUUCCACAUGUGACACACAUGCAGGCAGAAAAAACAUGGCCGAACUGCCCCUGGGCGCGUCCACCUGCUUUAAUUAGGAAUUCAAUUACAUACCUUUACCUGCGCGUCACGUGACCAGAACACCUCCGCGUCCACUUCCGCAGCUGCAGCCGCGUCCUGCCGUGGCUGACGCCCGUCGUCCUGUUUACGGUUGUUCGAAGCACUGGAGGUGUCGGACCGGUCCGGCAGGUUUAGAGCGGGACAGAGCAGGUGAGGCAGCGGUGGAGGAAGGGCGGGGAGCCGCCGGAGCUCUCUACAAGCAGGAAGAAGAAGACAACAUGGUGCGGUGACAGAACAGCCGGACACCGACUGAGAAUAAGGAGUCAUCUUUUUAAAUCCAUCUGCGAAGCACCCCGGGUCAGCUGAAAUUCUUUCUUUCUCAGAGAUACCUGAGGCGCUAAGAUGAGUCGGCAGCGCACAGAAUCCCAGGGGUCCAUGGGGCCUGAUGAUGAGGUCAUGCCAUACAGUGAUGAUGAGACGGAUGACGAAUUAGGAUUUAGCUCUGAAGGGGAAGCAGAAGAACCGCCAGGAGCUCCGCACCCUCCAGUAGAAGUUAAAACCAGUGAGAUCCAUUGGAAGGUGAAAGCCAACGAUCGACCUUACCACCAUCUGCCUGAAUUUCAGAGGAAAGUCUUCCUAUGCAUCAAGAAGAGCAGAUACUCUGGAAACGCCAUCAGGACGUACAAGUACAAUGUCCUCACCUUCCUCCCCCUGAACCUGUACGAGCAGUUUAAGAGAGCUGCCAACCUCUACUUCCUGGCUCUGCUCAUCUUACAGAUUAUUCCAGACAUUUCCACUCUGCCCUGGUACACAACGCUGAUUCCUUUGGUUGUGGUGCUGGGAAUUACUGCCAUUAAAGACCUGGUGGAUGACCUGGCACGACACAGGAUGGACAAGGAGAUCAACAACAGGAAGUGUGAGGUCCUGCUGGGCGGCAGUUUUCAAGAGUCAAAGUGGAUGAACAUUCAGGUCGGAGAUGUGGUUCGUCUGAAGAGAAACGACUUUAUUCCGGCUGACAUCCUGCUGUUAUCCAGCUCCAAUCCACACAGCCUGUGUUAUGUAGAAACAGCUGAACUCGAUGGAGAGACCAACCUUAAGUUUAAGAUGGGACUUAAAGUGACGGAUGAGAGACUGCAGCAGGAACGUCAGCUGGCCAAUUUUGACGCUCUGAUUGAGUGUGAGGAGCCAAACAACCGUCUGGACAAGUUCACAGGGACGAUGCUGUGGCAGAUGGAGAACUACCCUCUGGACCUGGACAACAUGCUGCUCCGAGGCUGCAAGAUCAGAAACACCGAGGAGUGUCACGGGCUGGUCAUCUUCGCAGGUGCCGACACCAAAAUCAUGAGGAAUGGUGGGAAGACGAGGUUCAAGCGAACCAAAAUUGAUGAGCUGAUGAACUACAUGGUUUACACAAUCUUCCUGCUGCUGAUCCUGGUGUCGGCAGGUCUGGCCAUCGGUCACACCUUCUGGUAUGAGGAGAUCGGCUCCAAGGCCUGGUAUUUGUACGACGGCAAAAACCAAGACGCCUCCCACAGAGGCUUCCUCAGCUUCUGGGGAUACAUCAUCGUCCUCAACACCAUGGUGCCCAUUUCACUAUACGUCAGUGUGGAGGUGAUUCGUCUGGGCCAGAGUAAGUUCAUCAACUGGGACCUGCAGAUGUAUUUCUCAGAGAAAGACACUCCAGCUAAGGCUCGAACCACCACCCUGAACGAGCAGCUCGGUCAGAUCGAGUACAUCUUCUCCGACAAGACGGGAACUCUGACACAGAACAUCAUGCAGUUCAAGAAGUGCACCAUUGCCGGACGCAGUUAUGGGGCCCCGACCACUGCUGAAGGAGUGACGCUGGACCGAGGAAGGCCGGUGGACUGGAGCUGGAACCACUACGCUGACAGAAAGUUCCAAUUCAUGGAUCACUCCCUGGUUGCCUGUGUCCGAUCCAAGAAGGACAAAGAUGCUACGGAGUUCUUCAAACUGCUCUCACUCUGCCACACUGUCAUGGUGGAGCACAAAGACGGUGAUCUGGUGUACCAGGCGGCGUCUCCUGAUGAGGGCGCCCUGGUGACGGCAGCCAGGAACUUUGGCUACGUGUUCCUGUCUCGUACCCAGGACACUAUCACCAUCAGCGAGAUGGAGCAGGAUAAAACGUACGAAAUGUUGGCGCUGCUCGACUUCAACUCCGACCGCAAGCGCAUGUCUAUCAUCUUGAAGUUUCCUGAUGGGCGUAUUCGUCUCUACUGUAAAGGAGCAGACACGGUCAUCUAUGAGCGGCUCUCCCCCAAAUCCAGACACAAGGAGACUACCCAGUCUGAUCUGGAUGUCUUUGCCAACGAGACCUUGCGGACGCUGUGCUUGUGUUAUAAAGACAUCAGCACAGAUGAGUAUGAAGCCUGGUCCAGGAAACACAAAGAGGCCCAGGUGACGAUGGUCAACCGAGAUGCUGCCCUCGACCGCGUGUACGAGCAAAUUGAGAGCAACCUAAUGCUGAUUGGGGCGACGGCCAUCGAGGACAAACUGCAGGACGGAGUGCCGGAGACUAUCGCGAAACUGGCCAAGGCUGACAUCAAGAUCUGGGUCCUGACUGGAGAUAAGAAAGAAACGGCAGAAAACAUUGGAUAUUCCUGUUCACUUCUGACAGGCAACAUGCAGAUCCACUACGGAGAAGACGUCAAUGAGAAGCUGAGGAUUCGUCAAGCUAACAGGAGAACUGAGCCCUCAACUUUCCUUCGAGGCAAAAAGAAACCCACAGAGCCUUUCUUCCCCGAGCCAGGCAAAAACGCUCUCAUCAUCACUGGAGGAUGGCUGAAUGAGAUUCUGUAUGAAAAGAAGAAGAAACGCCGUCGUCUGCGUCUUCGCCGUCUAGGAAAGCGACCACCUCCCAGCAACCCUCAGGACGGACAGCCGAUGAACGACUGGGAGAAAGAGAUGAGACAGAUUGACUUUGUGGACAUGGCCUGUGAGUGUGAAGCAGUCAUCUGCUGUCGUGUCACGCCAAAGCAGAAGGCCAACGUGGUGAGUUUGGUGAAGAAGUACAAGAAGGCCGUGACAUUGUCCAUUGGAGACGGAGCCAAUGACGUAAAUAUGAUCAAGACUGCAGACAUUGGUGUAGGUAUCAGUGGUCAGGAGGGGAUGCAGGCCGUCAUGUCCAGCGACUACGCCUUCGCUCAGUUCCGUUACCUGCAGCGCCUCCUGCUGGUGCACGGACGCUGGUCCUAUAUCCGAAUGUGCAAGUUCCUGCGUUUCUUUUUCUUCAAGAACUUUGCCUUCACUCUGGUCCACUUCUGGUUCUCCUUCUUCAGCGGAUACUCCUCACAGGUUGCCUAUGAAGAUUGGUUCAUCACUCUCUACAAUCUCUGUUACAGCAGCUUACCUGUUCUACUAGUAGGACUUCUUGACCAGGAUGUUAAUGACAAACUGAGCGUGAAAUUCCCUAAGCUCUACCUGCCUGGCCAGCAGGGGGCACUGUUUAACUAUAGGAACUUCUUCAUCAGCUUGUUCCACGGCAUCUUCGUGUCACUCAUCAUCUUCUUCAUCCCCUACGGAGCCUUCCUGCAGACCAUGGGGCAGGACGGAGAAGCCCCCUCCGACUACCAGUCCUUUGCCGUUGUCACCGCCUCGUCGCUGAUUUUUACUGUCAACCUGCAGAUCUCUCUGGAUACCUCCUACUGGACCUUCGUCAACUGCUUCGCGGUUUUGGGCAGCAUAGCCAUUUACUUUGGCAUAAUGUUUGACAUCCACAGUGCUGGGAUUCACGUCAUCUUCCCCUCGGUGUUCACCUUCACUGGUGUAGCGUCAAAUGCUCUGCGUCAGCCUUACCUGUGGUUAACCAUCAUCCUGACUGUUGGCAUUAGCCUGUUGCCUGUCAUCUGCAUCCAGUUCCUCCAUAAAACCAUCUGGCCCUCUGUAGGAGACAAGGUCCAGAGAAACAGGAAGAAGUACGAGAUGGAGAUGGAGGCGGAGGAGAGGAAAAAGCCGUCAGCCUUCCAGCGGGGCCAGCGUUCCCGCCGCUCCGCUUAUGCCUUCUCUCAUUCCCGCGGCUACGCCGACCUCAUCUCGUCUGGGCGGAGCAUUCGGCGGCGCCCACCAGCCCGUGGUGCACCCCAGGAAAGCAUCAGGGAGGUUCCACAGAGGGAGGCCGAGAACAUCUAAAGAGCGGAAGACAGAGCAAAACUUUAGUCAGAGGCGUCGUAAAUAUUUGGGAAAGUGCAAGGAACACUUGGUUUACCUUCGUUUUUAUCUGUGGAGUCGCUCCUGAAAUGGUCAACAUCAGAAGCUCUGCAGAGUAACCACAGCCUGGUCGCAAUUUAAGUUGGCCAUUUCCUUUGGGGGAUUCGAGCGCUUUAGGAGGUAAUGGAACAAAAGAAGCGCUCCUAAAGUUGCUCAAAGAAGCUCCUCAUUUUCUUUCUGAAAGUUACCACCAGUGUGUUAACUUUAUUUUUCAGAAAGUUAAAUGAAGAGCUACUGAAUGUGGUUUUGCUCCAGUCUGUGACCUUGGCUCAACUGCCUCCAGUUCCUCCUCUAUGCAGAGACACUGUUAAGAUGCAGAAAAAAAAAAAGCUCACCGAAGAGACGACAACCGUUACCUGCGGUUUGAAGUCAUGCAGUGACUGUGUGACUGACAAUGUUGUUUAACUCAGGAUUUUUUAAAUCAAAGCCUUAUUUUUAGUCAGUCUGACCCUGCUCACCACUACCGCUGCACGGGGAGACGUAAUAUGCUUUAAUAUGAUACUUUUUGAGAUUCAUAGUUUUAGCCCGAUGUCUUCAGAGCACUUGAUAUGUUGGUGUUUUAUUAAAAUUACAAAAACAUUCUAGUUAAUUUGUCCAUAUGCUACAUGGAAUAAGGCCGCAACAUCUGUUUCGUUUACUUUUACUUCUCUCUGUUGAGAUGCAAACCCAAAACAUUUUCCUUCACAAAAAAAAAAAAACACGGGCUAAAGCUAAACAUGUCAAGGUAUCUUCUUUUAAUGUUUUAUUAUAAAUAAUGGUGGGAUGUUAUUAUGCCAGACUAUGCAAGGUGGUCAGAUGUUAUAAAGUGUCUUAAUUUAAAAGUAAGUUGUGAAUCAUGAUCUUUUCUCCUCUGCUGUAUA